AUGCUUUCAUAUCUUAAAGAAUUGACAUAUAGACUGUCACCAGGUGAAUCGAGUGUUGGUUCUGAUACUGGUUCUGAUAUUGGAACCCCAGAUGAAGAGGAGAUAAGUAUUGGUAGUUCAUCAGGAAUAGUUCUCUUUUUAGGAAGAGGAAGAAACUCAUCAUCAUCAUCAUCUUCAGGUGAAGAAACUCCCUCAUCCGGUUAUGAUCUUAGUGAUUCUUAUGAAACUAAUUCUGAAGAAGAUGAUCAUGCGUAUACAUAUAGUUCUAGUGGUAAAACUAGAAAGAGGAUGAGUUUUAUAUUAGGCACCAAUGAUGAAAGUACUUCAGGUGAUGAUACAGAACGUGAAGAGAGUCCCAGAGCAAUGAUCCCAAGACCUGUUUCAGUUCGGCCAACUAUCAAUAUCAGAGAUAGUAGUAUUCAAGAUAAAUUGGCUGAAGUUGGUCCUAAAUAUUAUGCGUUAUUAUUUGGGGUUCAGUAUAUGAAGAGGAAACCUAAUAUAUAUACCAAAGUAUUUGAGUUUUUAAUUAAAAAUAAAUCUGCUUUAGAACUGUCCCAUAACUUAUUAUUGCUAGUACGGUCAUCAAUUGCAUGUGCCUAUGGAGGUAGAAGAAUGUAUAACAAUUUACCUCCAGAAUAUAGUUUAUAUAAUAUGAACAGUCGAUUCCAAGGCAUAUGUGGUAGAAAUCGAGAGUUGAAUGUGUCGUUAUUAUGUACUAUAGGUCAUGCGUUACUUUAUUAUGCUUAUGAAGCUGGACAACAAGGACAAUCGCUUAAUCAAAAGGUUCCUGGAUGUAAAUAUAAUUCAUCUCAGACCUUUAAGAAUCUUGGGGGGAAUCAUAUUUGGGAAAGCGGUAGAGAAAGGUUUAAUAUUUCAAAGAUAAAGUGGCAAAUAUUGAAUCAAUAUUCUCGUACUCCGUUUGAAGCUGAUGUUUUUAAUGGUAUUUGUGGUAUUUUAGGGAUUAAGACGGAUUAUGGGAUCAAGGAACAAGAUAUUUUAACCUCAUUAUUACAAGAACUUGUUGGUUAG